AUGAAGUCCCUCACCAUUACUGCAACUCUUGCGACACUUGCAGUAGCUCCGCUGACCUCAGCCUGGGGUGAUCUCGGCCAUCGUACCGUUGGCUAUCUUGCACAGCACUACUUUACGGAUGCCGCUAGCCAACUCGUCCAAGCCAUCCUACAGCCGACUGACACCUUUGACAUCUCCGAUGGUGCUGUCUGGCCUGACAAGGUCCGGCGCCGGCGAGAGUAUACGGCUGGUUGGCACUUUAUCGACGCUGAGGACACACCACCGCAAUACUGCAGCGUAGACUACUCUCGCGACUGCCCCGGUCGAAAAGGCUGCGUCAUCUCCGCCAUCAUCAACCAGACUGCUCUCCUUUCAGAUACUUCUCAAGAUACCACUACCCGCAACGAGGCACUGAAGUACCUCUUGCACUUCCUCGGCGAUGUUCAUCAGCCUUUGCACACCGAAGCCAUCGACCGCGGCGGCAACCAGAUCAAGGUCUGCUUCGAUGGCUCGUGCCGGAAGAACCUGAAUCUGCACGAAGUCUGGGAUACUGAGAUACCUAACAAAAUCAACGGACUCAAGCGCGAACCCAAGGUGGACGAGGAGAAGGAGACUGCGAAGAACUGGGCUGAUGAGAUGUUCCAGUCCGGUGGGAAGAUAAGUAUCUGCGACUUCACGGCUAGUAGUACGCAAGAUUGUGCGUUGCAGUAUGCCAAGGAGACGAACGUGUACGUUUAUUCGUAUGUUUUGAAGGAUGGAGUUGAUGGCCUGGAGGGUCAGGAUCUGGGUGGUGAGUACUACGAUGGUGCGGCACCGAUUGUCAAAGCUCAGAUUUUGGCCGCGGGUCAGAGGUUGGGUGCUUGA